AUGGAGCAGCGCCCCACCACUACUCGGCGAUGCUACAAGCCGGCCAACAGUGAACUAAAGAUAGUGUCGGCCAAUGUGAGGGGCUUUCACACAAACAUUGGGGAGCUCACUCACAGUGUUAUUAUUAAGAAAAAUAUAGAUUUAGUGUUUGUGUGCGAAACUUUUUUAGAUGCUAAGGUGCCAAGCAAUUAUGCCCGUAUCAAAGGGUACUCACCAUGGAUUAGAAAAGACCGUUCUACACAAGGCGGGGGUGUGGCAUUCUGCUUUAAGGAGACUGUGAAUGCUCAAGUAGUAGAGCCACCCACACCCAUACCUGGGGAACUUGAGCUCUUGACAUUGAAAAUAAUCGACAGCAAUGGGAAGGGCCUAUUGUGCGUGGGUUGCUAUCGGCCUCCAUCACAGGGAACAGUGUUGCUGGACUACCUAACAUUAAACCUGGACUCUUUGAUGACUGCCAGUCAGUGUGACAGUGUAAUAGUGAUUGGCGACCUAAACCAGCACACAGUCAGGGACGCCUUUAACUCACUACUGGUUGUGCAUGACAUGCACAACUACGUCACCUUCCCCACGCACAAAUCUGGGUCAUCCCUGGACCCGGUGGUGACGGAUCUUCCUUCCCACACAGUACAGUGCUUCCCACUCGACUUUGUAGGGACCUCAGACCACGUGGCUGUAUUCACCAGAGUACAGUUCAAGACACCACGUGAGGAGAGCUUCGAACGAACCCUCUGGAGCUGGGAGGCUGCCGACUGGGAUGCCUUUCGUGCUGCACUGAGGACUACAGAGUGGGGAGGAGUGCUGCGUGGCGACGCCAACCAGCAGGUGAGGCAGCUCACCGAGCUGCUUCACAACAUGCAGGUCUGCUGGGUGCCGCACUCGGUCCAUAAAACAAAGGCAUCAGAUCAGCCUUGGUUUGGUCCUGCUUGCGUUGCCGCAUCAGAUGCCAAAUACAAAGCCUGGCGUGCUCUCAAGAGGCACCCGACGGCCAGAAACAGACUGAGGCACCGAGCGGCAACAAGGCAUAUGAAUGCCACGCAAGCAUGGGCUAUAGAGCAGUGGAGGGCAAACCUGAAAAACAAACUAAGGGGAGGCCAGGUUGGCUGCAAGCAGUGGUGGAGCCUUGUCAAAGACAAGCAGGGUGAGUCGCGGGGCACCUCCGUCCCUGCACUCCACCAGGCAGACGGCAGCUUCGCCCACAGUGCAAGUGACAAGGCAGACCUCCUGGCCAAGCACUUCGCUGAAAAGAUGUGCAUCCCCGACCCCGAAAGACCCUCUCCGCUGCUGCCUCAAAUAGUGAAAGAGACACUAGUGAAAGUGAUAACAAGUGAAGUGGAAGUGCGAGCGAUUCUCGAAAGUUUGGACGAGAACAAAGCUGUGGGGCCUCAGGACAUCAGCCCGCGCGUUCUACGCCAACCCGUGUCCUUGCUGCCUGUGCUGAGCAAAGUGCUGGAAACAAUUGUGGCCUCACGAGUGACGCAGCAUCUCGAGCGCCACCACCUGCUGAGCAACAGGCAGUUUGGGUUCAGGCAAGGGAGGUCGGCGGCAGACCUGCACCUGCUCCUCUCCACGAAGUGGAGUGAGGCCCUGGACCGAGGCAAGGCCACAGCAGUAGUGGCUCUUGAUAUCGAAGCUGCGUUUGACAGAGUUUGGCAUGCAGCGCUCAUCACCAAGCUCCGCGCUGUAGGCGUGGACGGAGCACUCCUCCAGCUCCUAGAAAAUUACUUGAGAGCCAGGCACCUCAAAGUAAUUAUCAAUGGGCGGGAAUCAAAACCACAGCCCAUAAGGGCAGGCGUUCCUCAAGGAGCUGCCUCGGCCCUUUGCUGUGGAAUGUCGAAGGCGUUUGCAGAUGAUAUAACACUAUCCCACAGCUACGGACUGGAGGAGAAAGCUGCAGCCACCUGUGACAUCAACGCCACCUUGAGCCGCAUCGCAGCCUGGGGAAGGAAGUGGCAAGUUAAGUUUGCUGCUCACAAAACCCAGCUGCUAAGCAUCACCAGGACGAGUGAAGCCCUGCGCCUCGCCUUCAACGGGGAGACACUGACGCCGCGGGAGGAGGUGGAGGUGCUGGGGACUGGAGUUGCUCUACAAGUCGCAGGUCCGCUCCUCCUUGAAUACGCCUGCCUUGCCUGGGGCGGCGCGGCCAGCAAACAUCUCGCUCUCCUGGACAAGGUCCAGGACCGAGCGGCGAGGCUCAUCAGGGAGAGUGAGCUCGGCUUCCACCCUACACUGCACACCCUCCAACACCGGCGGGACGUGGCGGGCCUCACCGUCAUGUUCAAGGUGCAGCAGCAGAGGUGGGAAGAUGCUAACUGGGAACAACUGUGGCGCUGUUUUGCGACAAUAAAUUGGGCCAGCCUGUUGCAAGAGGACAUGGAUCAGCAGGCAGAAUGGCUAACUGAAGUGUUGCUGAGAGCACAAGUGCGUUGGGUGCCCCACAAGCAACACAAACUCAACCCUACACAGCGGAACAAAGUCCGGCUGAAAGAAGCAGCCGUCCACAUGGAGGCGCACCUAAGCCUGGACCAGAGAAUAUUGGGUGAAGAGAAAUAA